CGGCACGUCGGACCGCAUCGCACACGUCACCGCCGAACCAAUUUCCGUAUAAAUGCGGUAGCUACAGAGUAGUACAAGUCGGCCCACAUCGUAUCAGUCCCAGCUAUCGCACACACUGCAUCGGCCAGCUCAGGAUCGGGCAAGAAGAGAAGACGACAUUUAUUUUCUUCCCCCGCGGGAGAUCGAUCACAGCCGGGCAGACAUGGGCGAGGAGGCUCCGGUCGCGGUCACCGCGGCGGCGACGACGUCGCCGGCGCCCCACCUGCUCCUCAUAUGCUUCCCGGGCCAGGGCCACGUCAACCCCAUGCUCCGCCUCGCCAAGCGCUUCGCGGCCAAGGGCCUCCUCGUCACCUUCUCCUCCACCUCCUACGUUGGAGGCAAGAUCACGGCCUCCUCCGGGGUGGAGGCCGGCGGCGACGGCGUGCCGCUCGGCCGCGGAAGGAUCCGGUUCGAGUUCUUGGACGACGAUUUCGACGGGAAUGACCUCGACGACCUGAUGAGGCACCUGGAGACGACCGGCCCCGUGGUGUUCGCGGAGCUGCUGAGGCGCCAGGAGGAGGCGGGCCGGCCGGUGACGUGCAUCGUCGGGAACCCGUUCCUCCCGUGGGCGAUCGACGUCGCCCACGAUGCCGGCAUCCCCACGGCGGUGCUGUGGGUGCAGUCGUGCGCCGUGUUCUCGCUCUACUACCACCACGUGCACGGGCUCGUGGAGUUCCCGCCCGAGGACGACCUCGACGCCCGGGUCAACCUCCCGGGCCUCCCGCCGCUGUCCGUCGCCGACGUGCCGUCGUUCCUGCUGCCGUCCAACCCCUACAAGCUCCUCACCGACGCGAUACUGAAGCAGUUCCGCACCAUCCACAAGGCGUCGUGGGUGUUCGUCAACUCCUUCUACGAGCUGGAGCCCGAGGUGGUGGACGCGCUCCCGGGCAUCUCGCCGCCGCCGCCGCCGCUCAUCCCCGUGGGCCCGCUCGUGGAGCUGGAGGAGGAGGGCGCCGUGCGGGGCGACAUGAUCAAGUCGGCGGACGACUGCGUGGGGUGGCUGGACGCGCAGGCGCCGCGCUCCGUCGUGUACGCGUCGCUCGGCAGCGUCGUGGUGCUGUCCGCCGAGGAGCUGGCCGAGAUGGCGCACGGGCUCGCGUCCACCGGCCGCCCCUUCCUGUGGGUGGUUCGGCCGGACUGCAGCGCGAUGCUUCCCGAGGGGUACCUGGACUCCGUCGCCGGGCGCGGCAUGGUGGUGCCGUGGAGCCCGCAGGACCUGGUGCUGGCGCACCCGUCCACGGCGUGCUUCCUCACGCACUGCGGCUGGAACUCCACGCUGGAGACGCUCGCGGCGGGGCUUCCCGUGGUGGCGUUCCCGCAGUGGGGCGACCAGUGCACGGACGCCAAGUACCUCGUGGAGGAGUUCAAGAUGGGGGUGCGCAUCGGCACGCCGCUGCGGAGGGACGCCGUGCGCGACGCCGUGGAGGACGUCGUGGCCGGGCCGGACGCCGGCGCGAUGCUCGAGAAGGCCAGGGCGUGGUGCGCGGCGGCGAGGACGGCCGUGGCGGCCGGCGGGUCGUCGGACCGCCACGUACAGGCGUUUGUUGACCAGGUUGUGGCGGGAACCAUUGGCGCACGAGCAGAUAAGGACCUUGUGGCUGCGGAGCAGCAAGGUUUCGAUUCAUCUUCUCUACGUGGAAACUAAGGAUUAUUUCGGCCAUCUUCAGUGAAGAAAUGUGCAGAGAUUUCUGAAGUUCAAAAGCGAGACACGCACAAGACUACUCAAUCGAAGCAACUUUGUCGCAGGCAGGCGCCUACGUUGGCACACAGAGUCGGAAGCAUCGAUCGGUAUGAGCAACUGAAGUCCAUCGUUGACGCGAUGUUGCGAGUCUUGGAGCUUAGCACUGGAGUCUGAAGAUGCCGCGAGAACCGAAGCUAAUAAUAAUUGUACGUACUAGUCUUCGUAGCAUGAUAUUUUGUUCUCUUUGAUCCUCUUGUUAUGUUUGUUGUCAGUCAUACAGAGAGCCAGGCAGGCUACAAUUCAGUGUGUUCAUUUAAGUGUCAAUAAAUUUAGUUAUUAAGAGCCUAA